GGGUAACAUGAAGGAACAUUACUAGGUCUUGUAUUAGGGAUAACGGUGAUUUCUCCAGUACGUGUCGCGUUUCAACCCUUCUUUCUUUGCCUUUUCGCCUUUAAAAGCAAGGAGACAAGCUAUUUUUAUAGCUUUGUUAAAAAAAAAAAGAAGAGCAAAGUAAAAAUAAGAAAGGUUUUCGUUGCUUUUACGUUUCAGCGUUUUUAUCUCUCUUUUUUACGGUUCAUUCUUUUAGCUCUCUUUCACGGUGGUCAAAUUAAGAACCAAAGGAAUUUAGCAACUUAUAUUUCCUUUUUCUUUCUUUCCUUUUUUUGACAUAUCCCCUUGAAGUCACUCAGAACAUUCUUUCCCUCGUCAUUCUUUUUGUUAUCUACUUUUUCCUUUGUUUGUUCAGGUAAUACAGUCAGUCAUUCUUUAAUUAGAGACUUUCUCAAAUACCCUUACUCAAAUAUAUUUCUUCCCACGGAUUCCUUUUCUCUAAUCUUUAUAUAAUUUUUCUUUUUUAUUUCUGCUAAACGUAAUAUCUAUUCAAUAAACCCUUUGUUAAUUGAACACGGGCACAAUCAUCGUCAGUCUAUUCAUGGUGAAGAUUCGACGUUCUUGGAAAAGCCAUAGUCGCAUUUCGAAUAAAGAUCCGUUUUCCAUUGAACCCCCUAGAAAGGUCAUACGGGCUUUGUAUGAUUACACAGCACGAAAAGCUUCUGAAAUAUCUUUUACAAAAGGAGAUUUUUUCCAUGUAAUUGGUCGUGAAAAUGACCAACUCUGGUAUGAGGUCUGUAAUCCGGCCGCAGGAACACAUGGAUUUGUCCCUGUUUCUCACUUCGAAGAAAUUGGGAAAAAUGCAAGUUCUAUGAGAAAUAGCAGCGGUAGUGAAUCCACUGGGAAUUUCGUGGAUCUAACCAACUCUACAAAUUCUCCUCGGAUUUCUUUAAAUGAUUUGCAAACUUCUACUCAGCCUCUUUUUGGUAUUGUGCAGUUCGAUUUUGUUGCAGAAAGGGCAGAUGAACUAGAUGCUAAAGCCGGUGAAACAAUUAUUAUUAUUGCUCGCUCUAAUCACGAGUGGUUGGUCGCAAAGCCAAUCGGUAGACUAGGUGGACCAGGUCUUAUUCCUCUCACAUUUAUUCAAUUACGAGAUUUAAAGACAGGUGCCGUGAUCAAACAUAUCAGCGAAGCUAUUUUGCGUACCUCUUGCAUUCCACGAGUAGAAGAUUGGAAACGUGCUGCCGCUGAUUACAAAAAAAGCAGCAUCCCUUUAGGGACUUUUCAGUCUCCAUUGGAAGACUCCUCAUCUUCAGUUGGAUUCGAAUCUAAAAGUACCUUAACUGAUCCAGUGAAGGAGUCAUCACCUUUUUCAACGCCUUCUUCAUACGUAAGCUCUUCGAAACUUAGUCCAUCAAACAAUAUUAGCGAUGGUCAAUACAUAUCCUCUGCUUCAUCAAACACUAUUUCUCAUUUUAAUGUUCCUUAUGUAAUUGCUGCAAUGGUGGAAGCGUAUUUUGCUCAUAAUAAUCAAUUUUGGUACUUGGUACGUGCAGUAAUGAGUGAUGGCCGACAUCGAAACCUUUGCCGUUAUUACGAAGACUUUUAUCAUCUUCAACUGACAUUACUUGAUGCAUUCCCCAGCGAAGCUGGUCAUGGACAAGCUCGUCGUAUCAUUCCCUACAUGCCUGGCCCUGUAGAUGAUGUGAAUGAAUUGAUUUCAUCUCAACGAGCUUUGGAUCUUGAUGUCUAUGUAAAAGAACUUUGUCGACUUCCUUCUCAUCUGUUGGAGAGUGAUUAUAUAAAAAAGUUCUUUUUACCUAUGGAAGGUGACGUUGAUGCUUCUCAUCCUACCAGUUCUAUGCCUCGUGUUGUAGAGCGCCCGUUCAUAUUUUUAGAAUCACAAAAGGCAAAAAGCCUUACUGCCCCCAAUACGCCUGUUUCCGGGAACGGUCAUAAUAAUACUACCCCGAUGUUCCAGAAGGUAAAAAUUCGUUCUGGAGAUGAGACAUUUGCCUUGCGAAUUGCCUCGGAUAUAGCUUACGAAGCAUUUAUUGAUAAACUGAAAGCAAAGUUGGGUUUCCAAUGGUACAAAUUGGUUUAUAGAGACGAAGCCACAAAUGAUUUCUUACCUAUGUGUAACGCAGAUGAUCUUCGCAAUGCAUUCUCUCAGAAGUCCGGUGCUUUAUUGCUUGCAGAGAGACAGAAAGUUUGACUUUUCAAUUUUGAAUCAUUCAUACUCAACUAUUUGAAUGAAACGCAGUAUUUUAUGAUGGUUUUGUGCAACUUACAUUCCCUUCUUUUUAUUGCAUUCAUAUUUACUGAUAUUUCUUUUGAUGGCAUGUUUUCUAUAAUUUGGCUAUACUUUUGUGUUGACAUUGAUCAUGUUUUCUAGUUUUUGUACUUUAUUUCGGGUUCCUUUCGUUCUUAUUUAAUAUAUUCCAUUCUUUCACGAAUUCUCACAAAUGCCUAGUUUAACUUGUCAUCUUC